AUGACUUUCAACGUUCCAGGUUCUUUUCCUCAAUACUUGCAGGACUUUGCUACCAAUCAAGGAGGGUUCGUUUGUUUGGAGUGUCACAAACACUUUUCAAACGAAGAAGAUCUUUUAGAUCAUCGGGAGAGUCACAAAGGGGCAAAUGUGAAACCACCUAUAGAUAGGUCUGGUCCAAGCGACCAUCGGAAGUCGUCAGAACUCUUUAUAUGUACGGACUCGAAUUGCCAGAGGCACUUUAUAAGUAAGGCAGGUCUUAAGACUCACCAGAAGAGUCAUGAAAAAGCAAACGUACCCUUUGAUCUAACCGUAGACAGUCUGAUCGAUCAACAAAAGUUAGACCUCUUUUUGUGUUCUCAUUCCAAGUGCCAGAAGCUCUUUGUGAAUGGAGAUGAUCUACUGACCCAUCAGGAAUGUCACCAAGAAGAAACUGUAGGUUUGAAGUUGCCCAGAGAUGGGUCUUCUUCGCCUGACCAGAAAAUAUCAACUAAACUUUUCAUAUGUUCUUAUUCGAAGUGCCGGAAGCUCUUUUUUAACGGAGAUGAUCUACUGACCCAUCAGGAGUGUCACCAAGGAGAAAUUGUAGGUUUCAAGCUGCCCAGAGAUGGGUCUUCUUCGCCUGACCAGAAAAUAUCAACUAAACUUUUCAUAUGUUCUUAUUCGAAGUGCCGGAAGCUCUUUUUUAACGGAGAUGAUCUACUGACCCAUCAGGAAUGUCAUCAAGGAGAAACUGUAGGUUUGAAGUUGCCCAGAGAUGGGUCUUGUUGGCCUGACCAGAAAAUAUCAACUAAGCUCUUUAUAUGUUCACACUGUGGGAAAUCGUACAACCAUAUUUCACUUUUUAACAUUCACCUGAAGGUUCACACGGGAGACAAACCAUUUUCCUGCAGUGAUUGCGGCAAAUGUUUCACCCGCAAAUCAGAGCUGAUCGCCCACCAAAGAAUUCAUACAGGGGAGAAGCCCUAUGCUUGUUCUGUGUGCGGCAAGAGGUUCACCAACCAAUCCGGCGUGAUUGCACAUGAGAGGAUUCACACGGAUCGUUCUGGCCUUUACACGCACAAACGGGUUCACACGGGCGAGCGCCCCUUCGAAUGUUCGGAUUGCAGCAAGCGCUUUCAGACUCGAUCACUUUUGAUCACCCACCAGCGAACUCAUACGGGGGAAACUCCGUACCCUUGCCUCGAGUGCGGGAAAAGCUUUGCGAGAAGCUCCGUCCUAUCGGCACAUCAGAGGACGCACACGCGAGAGAAACCACACAUCUGUAAGGAGUGCGGGAAGAGGUUCACCAGCAACACCAAUAUGGAAACCCACCAGAGAAUCCACUCUGGCGAGAAGCCUUACACUUGCACCCAGUGUGGAAAGAGUUUCCCAAGUCGCUCACACCUCAUCCGACAUGAGCGCAUUCACAACGGGGAGAAGCCAUUUUCAUGCCCUGUGUGCUCUAAGAGCUUCAAUUGUAAGACAAGUUUGGUGGGCCACCAGCUUAUUCAUACCGGGGAGAAACCGUUUUCUUGCCCGGACUGCGGCAAGUGUUUCCGGGGCCGGUCAGCCGUCAUCACCCAUAGGAGGAUUCACACGGGUGAAAAACCCUUUUCUUGCUCGGAAUGUGGAAAGUGCUUUUCUGACCAGUCAGGUCUUAUCACGCAUCGGAAGAUUCAUCGUGGCAAUAGGCAGUACGAGUGCCCGGACUGUGGAAAAUGUUUUGUGCUGAAGCACUACCUGACCCGGCAUUUAUCGACACACACGGGUAGAGCCACAGUUACCUGA